GUCAUUGGAGGACUUGCAGAAGCUGGCCUCCAAGCUGCCAUGGACCAAUGCAUUGAAGGUCUGGAAACUGAACACCUCUCUGAUGAAGAACAGACAAUCCCAUAGACGGUCCCAAGGGGAGAGGAGGGCGAGAUAGAGACCAAGGCAAAGCCAACAAAGACAUUGUGGAGAAGGAUGCCAUUGAGACUGUCACCACAGAGACCUAGAAGCUGGAGCUUGAGUACACCAGGGCUGCCCAUAGACAAGGUGCAGUGGGACCUGUGUCAUCUACCCAUGAGAACCAGCUCAGUGGACAUCAUUAUCACUGACAUGCCCUUGGGGAAGAGAAUGGGCUCCAGAAAGAAGAACUGGGACCUGUAUCCGCCCUGUGUAAGAGAGAUGGCCCAGGUGUCCCGACCAGGCUCAGGGAAGGCUGUCAUCCUGACCCAGGAUAAGAAAUGCUUUCAAAAGGCAAUGUACCACACAUACAGGUUGGAGGACUCUGGCGGAAGCACCACACUGCCUGGGUCAAUGUAGGUGGCCUACACGCAGGGGUGUUCCUCCUCAAACAGACAGCAGGGAUCUUUGGCCAAACCCCAGAAGACGUCCGGGAACCACUAGAAG